AUGUCUGGGGUGGACGUAGACAGGACUUUGCAAUCGAUACAGGAUGCGCUGUGGACAAACAGUCUCACUUCGCCUGGCCAGCCGUCUCUGCAAGAGACUGUACACAGUGUAAACGUGUUCCUAGCGGACCCAGCUAUCCUUUUGGUGCAGUUACCGCAUUGGGUGCCCCGUAUCGGAGGCCAGUUUUCCUGUGAAGUGGGCUGCAAAGAUAAGGAACUGCGUCUCGAGGAUACGCAUUUCAUAGCAUUGGCCACACUGUUCUACGAGUUUUGUAAAGUGUGCCAGUGGAAAAAAGUGGUCGCGUUUUUACCUACAGAUGUCUCUCAAUUGCAUGCAGUCGUGUCACUGAUACAGCGUUCCCAAAAGCACAAAGUGGAUUGGCACCUUAUCUAUUUCCUUCUAUCGUGGCUGUACGUGCUCGUGUUAUCGCCGUUCAAAUUGCAAAGUAUAGAUACGCACAUUCUACAGGCCUUGAGGCAGUACGCGGGAAACACAUCCUUAACACCGAUAGUUGCAAAGAUCACUGCACAGCUCUUUCAAAAGAAUGAGCAACUGCUUUUAUCGGCAUGGCAGAACAAUGAGGUCGACUUGUUGACUUUGAAUUAUUAUCUAAAGGUGCCGAGAUCUGGAUCCAUGUUUCAAGAUACCCUCGUGGAAGGUACAACGCACAGGUGCCUCACCACAGACAAUGAACCCAUUGUCGUGCUCAAAUUGCUGCCGAAACUGUUCGCACACUACUACAGAGAGGCCGAGACAAAUGAUGGACCCUUACAAGACAUACUGAACUGGUACUUUGACCAUCUCGGCUCAAAUUCAACAGAGUUUCGGUUUCAACUCGCUCACUCUUUGAAGAAAAUAUUCGAAUUUAUUUGGGGCCGCUUCGAUGACAGACAACUCGUCUUGGAUACAUUGCGGGAACUGGUGACUAAUAUACCCAUCACCCUCCAAGAUGGAGACAUUAACGUCCUACACACACAACUCCUAAUCGUAGCUGAAUGCUCCAAAUUCAUUACCGAUGGCGAGACGUUGGAGCAGAUAGCAAGGGAUAUCUUACCUGUAACCACCUUCUUCCAGCAACUGGCUCCCAACGGCACAAUUAGAGGCACGCAAAUCCAGGACGCUUCUAACUUCGUAAUAUGGUCCUUCGCCCGCACAAGGGCACCACCGACAAAGUUUGUGACCAGCUGCGUGAAGUGUCUCCUCGUCAAUACAGCAUUCGAUAGAGAUAUUGUAAUCAGAAGAUCCUCCCAGGCGGCCCUGCAGGAACUUUUGGGGAGACACGGUCGUUCGAUCCUCGAUAAUGCAACAGUAAUGAGUCUCGUACAGUUGCCAGUUCAUAAUCUCGCACAAUCUUAUUACGGGAACAUACGGACCUUGUACGAAGUGCUCCCCGCAGAAUGGUUUGAGUACGUGUUUGAUUGGCUCUUACAGUUCAAUCUUUUCCAAAAUUUGGACCUUAACGUCGUGAAACUAACCAUCAAAUGUGUGUCUAAUUUUAUCAAUGGGACAGAAGUAAACGUAUCGACUCAUUUGGAUAGAAUUUCCCAGCAGCACCCACCAAACCAGGCAACACCGUUGAACGGUAGCAAAAUGGUAUGGCUUCUAACGGAACUAAAGCUCAAGCACGAAAUGAUAUCAGACUACGUUGACGUGAUGUGGGGACAGAGACCCCAUCACCAUAGUUCAACAAGGGAAGAAUACUUUGAAUUUUUGGCCAUCUUGCGGUAUUGGCAGCACCCCACGUCGAUCCUCAUCGACAAAUUCAAUAAAGAAUUGUUCUUUCACAUUGUCAAUAAUGUGUCAGAGGCUCAUGAGUGGUUUGAUGAAUUCAAUUUAUCUGUCAAUGAGGUCCUUAAACGUUUGAUGGAGAGAGAAAUGGACGAGGAAUUAUAUGAACUUACUGAAAAGUACCUAACCUAUAACAAACCGCUAAUUUGUGCAUCACUGCCUCAACUCCUGCGGCAAAACCAAUUCUUCAACCUGUUUCUCAAAAAUGAGUCCGCAAUAACGUGUCCGUCAAAAGCUUUACUGCUCUCGACAUUAAACAGGGAAAAGGAUCUUGCAACCAAAUUUUGGCAAUCGCCAGAUGGGUUGGGGAUAUUAAUGCGCGGGUUGGACGAUUAUACCAUCACAGUUCAAGGGGAUGUCGGACGCCUGGUAAGGCAUAAAGCACUUGAGUUCAUAAACAUUUACUUCAACAAAUUGCCAUCAGGUUACACAGCUAAUGAUGAACUGCCCCAGAUAUUACUUAGGCUGGCAAUAGAAUCUGCAAGAACGGUGAGGCAAUUAGCAAUGGAAAUCAUUUUGAAAUAUUACGUCCCAAAUAUGUCCGCCACAAUACAGGAUACUUUGAAACUCGAUAAGUUCAAAGAUUCUCACAAUAUUUUGUUACUCCUUAUGCACUCAGAAUUACUUGACCACACAAAGAAAACCUCAUUUUGGAGAAGUUAUGCCAUGUAUGCCGGUGCCACUCGAUCCACUGAAGAAGAAAUAAUACAAGCAAUUGACGAAUUUACCGUUUGGUAUGACAAUAUGGUCUCCCAAGAGAGUCAGCAGGAAGUGCUACGGGAGAUCGUUAUCAGUAUACCAACAGCUGCCCAAAUCACAGAGAAUAAAAAGUUGAUCAAAUUUGCAGUGACUGGUCUGUUAUUCCUGCAAAGGCUGUGGUCAUCAAGAACGGCAUGUGGAACUGCUUAUUUCAACUGGAAAGGUGUAUACGCCAAACUUCACAACCUAAUGAUUGUAAACGCCAUAAACGGUUUGCUGCUUCAAAGGUCCGUGAUCGAAAUGCUUCCCUUUUUGUGUGUCGCAUGGAGGAACGCUGUUGGCAAGUCGUUUGCAGAUUUAACAUUUGUCAAUACCAUAUUGAAGAGGCUCAUUAUUUUUGCUAACAAAGCGGCGGUAACGGAAUCUAGUUCAGCAAUCCAAAAAUAUGCUGUAAGAUCUAUUGCCCAAAUAUAUAUUGAAUUUGGUGCGGAAAGGCAUUUGGAAGCGCUACGAAAUUCUAUCUCGUAUACGGGGGGGGUUGGAAAAGAGGCGGACCUGUUGCUUACUACGUAG